AUGUCUUCACCACGCGAACAGUUACUGCUCAUACUCGCUCAAGCCGCUUCACAACAACAACCAGAGUUGUUGAAAAGUGCUGAGGCAACAUUAAAAGAGUGGGAAACGGCUCCCGAGUUUCAUUAUACCCUACUGGACAUAGUCUAUGAUAAAACCAUUGAACAAAGUAUUCGCUUCCUAGCUGCCAUUUAUCUCAAAAAUGGAAUUGAUAAAUACUGGCGAAAAACUGCCAAGAACGCUAUAAGACCAGAGGAGAAAACGCAAAUUAAAAGUCGGCUACUCUCAUUUAUGGACGAGGAAAUCAAUCAGCUAGCAAUGCAAAAUGCAAUAUUGAUUUCUAAAAUUGCUCGGCUUGACUAUCCGAAAGAAUGGCCUGAUCUUUUACAAAAUCUGUUGAAAAUUAUACAUUCAACUAUAAACUCUAUGGGAGAUUAUCAAUCACAAUUAAUUCAGAAACGAUUAUUAUUAACGCUACAUCUCACAGUAAAGGCACUAUGCUCUAAAACCUUUGCCCCUGAUCGAAAGAUGCUAGAACAGAUCGCGCCAGAUUUACUUCGAGAUGUUGGCAGCGUAUUUUUCGAACAUGCAAAUCGAUUUUAUACGUUAUUAUCUUCUAGUAAUGAUGUUUCUCAAAUAACUGUGGAGCUGGAAACUUCAAUUUUAGCAUUGAAAUGUCUUAGACGAUUGAUUACUCACGGAUUUCAAGAUAUUAGUGAAAUAGAUCAAGCAAAGGCAAAAAAUAUCUUUAUGAUCUACUCUAUUCGUGGAAAUUCAAUGCAAGACACCGAAUCUCCGAUUUUCGCUUUUAUCGAAUCUCACAUUACUCUUAUUGGUAAACUAUAUAUUGAUUUACAAAUGAUGCACCCGAUCCCAUUUGCGCUUACACCGCGGACUAUGGAGAUUUUAAAAUAUUAUUGGCAAGUUCUCGUUGCGCAUGGACCAUCUUAUGAUCAAGGAGUGAUCAAGAAAUCUUCUUACAAUCAAAAUUCACGAGGGCUUGAUAAGUCAAAAAUAACAGCAGCCAUUAAAACAGUAGAUGAUGAACUUCUUACGCCAGAGUUUAUAACUUCUUGCGCUGAGAUCUUGAUAUCACGGUUUCUGAUUUUAAUGAAGGAAGAUUUGAGCAUGUGGGAGGAAGAUCCAGAAGGUUGGGUGAAUUCUUCAGAGGCUGAUCAUUGGGAAUAUCAAUUAAGACCAUGUGCAGAAAAAGUAUUUAUGGAAUUAUUAAUGCAAAACCGAGAAAUUUUAUCACCUCUUAUAAUCAGAUUAUUAGAAAAUGUUGCAUCAAUCUCUGAAGAGAAUAGUUUACUACUAAAAGAUACUGUAUACUCAGCUGUUGGACUUGGAUCUCAUGAGUUAUAUGAUGUAUUGGACUUUGAUAGUUUCCUGGUCAAUCAUUUAGUCAACGAAGUUGGUAAUCGUAAUCCAAGUUUCAAGAUAAUUCGUCGUCGUAUUGGUUGGUUGAUUGACGAAUGGGAUUUUGAUGCGAGCGUUUUCUCUGAAUAUCUCGAUCGUACUGUCGCAUCAUUGACUCGAAUUAUGAUGAUUGUAGAACAAUUUGAUACUCGGACGAAGAUUUUAAAUUGUUUAUCUGUUAUAAUAGAACGGAUGGAAGAACAGAUUGCUCCGUUUACUCAACACAUAACAUCAUUGUUACCACCCCUCUGGGAUGCUUCACGACAAGAACCUUGGUUUAAACCGUCUAUUUUGACCAUUCUAACUAAACUAGUGGGGGCUUUAAAGGAAAACUCGAGUAAUCUCCAAGAGUUUAUAAUACCUCUAUUGCAGUAUAGUAUCAAUCCUAAUAUAGAAGAAAAUGUCUAUUUAUUAGAAGAUGCAUUGGAUUUAUGGCUUGCUAUCCUUCAAAAUACCGAGCAAUGCACACCCCUUUUAUUUGAACUGGUGCCUUCCGCCAUUGCAUUGUUAGAACUCGGAUCGGAAACAUUAAAAAGAAUUUUAAAAACUUUAGAAAGUUAUAUUAUCCUUGUGCCUGAAAUGAUGAUCCAGGCUUUUGGACAUCCUAUUUUGGAUGCAUUUACGCGUCUUCUAGGCGAUCUUCAAACAGAAGCAUGCAAUUUUAUUAUUCAUGUGAUUGACACAAUAUUGCAGGCAUGUCCGAUUCAAUUAACGGGCGAAAAUUUAAUUGGUACUGGUCUGCUAUGGAAGCUUAAACAACCUUAUAAUGUUGUCGGUUAUAUAUCAAUAUUUGCUCGAAUUACUAUAAGUGAACCAAAUUAUUUUUUACAAUUUAUUGCUAUUGCCAACCAACAAUCAAAUCCUCAUGGGGACGCAUUGCUCGAAAAAAUAUUAGAUGUGUGGAUUAUAAGGUUUGACAACAUUGCACAUCCAAAGCAAAGGAAACUGAACGCUAUGGCAUUCACCGCUUUAAUCGCCACCACAAAUCCCAUCAUUCUGACGCGUUUACCACAUUUUAUUAGUAUCUGGUGUGAUGUCUUAAGCGAAGUUCGAGAAACUGGUGGAGGAGACGCUUUAGUUUAUUGGCAACAAGAACCAACUGAAAAUAAGGAAUUUGUUAACGAAGAAGAAACUGCCGAAACUAAGAGACGCAGAGCGUUACUACAGCGUGACCCGGUUCACAGUACCAACUUGAUUCAAUAUAUUCAGGCAAAACUAACUGAAUGCGAGACUUUAAAUGGCGGGCCGGACUCAUUCCGACAACAAUAUUUAGUUUCUAUCGAUAAUGUCUUGUUGGAUCAGUUUUAUAGUCUAAUGUCUUGA